UUGCAUUGUUUCAUUGCGAGGCGGGGGAGCUGCUGCAGCCUACGGUAGCAAAACAAUAUUAGCAUAUGGUGGAUUGUCUUUAGUUGGUAGUCAAACGAUUGAACUAAGAUUUAUCAACUUUUGUGCGGAUACAGACGCAUCUUGAUAUAGAAGCUAUCAAUUUUCUUCCCAGAAUUUCCAAAUCCGUAUCCCACAAAAUGAGCAGCAUUUCUUCCAUGAGAAAUAUCAGCAAACGCUGCCUAUGUUCCAAUUUUGCUGUUGAAAGUUCCCUUCCAAGCCUACAGUGGAGAUUCUAUACUCGUGCUCGCUCUUCUCAGCAAUUCACCAAAACCAGAAACCUCAGAGUCUCUCCCUUUCUUUAUACACCGUUUCCCUCCCAUUCUUUUUCUACAUUGAAUUCGAAAAAGGUAGGGUUUAUAGGAUGGUAUUUGGGGAAGCUCGAUUCUCGCCCAAUCCUGACGAAAACCGUCACAACUUCUCUUAUUUAUGCCGCUGCUGACUUGACCGCUCAGAUGUUGUCACCUUCAUCUGGAUCUGGUUCACUUGACCUAAUAAGGACAUUACGCAUGGCUGCAUAUGGGUUGCUGAUUUUAGGGCCAUCACAGCAUCUAUGGUUCAAUUUUAUGUCAAAAACUUUGCCUAAACGUGAUGUGUUGACUACCUUGAAGAAAACUUUUAUGGGACAGGCAAUUUAUGGACCUGCUAACGCCAUUGUUUUCUUCUCAUACAAUGCAGCUUUACAAGGUGAAAGUGGUGAUGAGAUUGUUGCUAGAUUAAAGCGUGAUGUGCUUCCGACAUUGAGAAAUGGUCUUUUGUAUUGGCCAAUCUGUGAUUUUAUUACAUACAAAUUUGUUCCAGUUCAUCUACAGCCAUUGUUGAACAGUACGUGUGCAUAUCUAUGGACGAUCUAUUUGACAUACAUGGCAAGCCUACAAAAAGUGAUCCCCAGUUAAUGUUCAUAAAUUGACUUCAAAUCAUCCACAGCUUGCACCCAUUCUGAGUUUGCUGAAGAAAGAGGAGAAGAACCUGACUUGUGUAGCCCAUCUUGCUGGUCCUAGUUUAAUCAUUAUUAUUAAAUUUUUAGUUCUAGAUAAUAAGUUUGCUUUAUGGAAUUAAUGUGUGGAGCCUAUUGGUUACUGUUUUGCAUUUGAAAUGCAUUUAAUGGACUUCUAGCUUCUUGCCUAAGCAUGUUAACAAAUUCUGCUUUUGGUAUAUAUGGGACUGCUAGCUUCAAUA